CUGGUACUGGCUCUUGUGUUGUCGACAAAGCGCAUAGAAUUCAGUGCCAAGUGGAAUAUCUCGUCUCAUAAUCAAAAGAGAGAAGAGUUCAGUGUCCCUAUUGGCAUCUCCAGCAUGAGAUCAUUGACGAAGGAGUGGACGAUUGUUCUUCGUUCCACAUUGCCCUCUUUCAACGACUCGGGCAUAAAGAGGACUUUCGGAAAAACUGUAGAAAGCAAGUCUGUCCUGAACUGCUGCAACAGUCAUCGUCAGUUGAGGAGGGAUGUUCUACAUGAUACUUUCCUGCAGUGUUCGUGUUAA